AUGCAGUCGUUAAUUCGAACAACCACGUCAGCAGUCUCUAAACUAUCCUUUAACAUGACGAAUGUGAAUUCGAAUUCAACUACAACUACUCCUUCGACGCUUGAAGAGAUCUCAAAUGAAAUUAUUGAUUAUUUUGAAUCACAUCGCGAACAAAUUCCACUGCUUGUAAUUGUUUACAUCUUUACAAUAAUCUGGAUGCUCUAUAUAAUUCUAUACCAUUCGCGUAUACAAGGCAUUGUACUUUCACACAUAUUACAACGAUUCUAUUUCAAAGAUGCAUCACAUAUCAAAUUUGAUUCGUUUUCCGUAUCAUUUAUUUCGGGCAAAAUUAUGUUUAGAAAUUUACAUUAUACAACAGGAAGUUAUUUCGUUUUUGUAAAGGAUGGUUGUUUGAUUUUUCGUUAUUGGUCGAAAGUGAAGAAAAAACCUGUGAUACGCUUGCAAAUUCAUCUGUAUCAUUUUGAUAUGCAAAUAUUUAGUCCAAUACGGUCGAACACGUUUGCCGAAGUGAAUAAUUCAAGUGAUGAGUUACACAGAGAAUCAAUGAACGGAUUAUCGGCAAGAGUGGACGAUACACAAAGUGUGAACACGACGAAAGGCAACGACGAAAGCAAUUUUGUUAACAGUUUACGGAGUCUCUUUCCGUCGGUCGAAAUAAAAGUUGAACAUGGAAGAAUCUCAGUUGGACAUCAUACAUUGCCGUACGGCUUAUCGUUACGUUUCAGUACAAUGAACAGUACAUUUACGAGUCAAUCACCGUCAAGAACUGCGCCGGAAAUCGAUCCCAUGACAUUACUGUACAGUCUAAAAUAUCGAAAUCUUCAGAUUCAAUUGAUUCCUAUUAGUGAAUAUAAAGAAGGAAUAAGAGAAAUGCCACCGCCGAUUCCAACUACAAAAGGUACGGCAAAAGAUGCAGUGCAAAUCUUCGAAUGCCCCGAAGGCGAACUUGAAUAUGAACAAGAUGUUCCCGGUAAAAUGAGUGAGCCAUUAGAAAAUGGUCAAGUAGUACCUGAUGUUGCUUGGGAAAUUCGUAUGAAAUGUAAUAAAAAAACGAAAAUUGCCUAUGGACCGUGGGCUGAUCGACAGAGAGAAUUAUUGUGGCAAUAUUUUCUUCCUACACUAUAUGAAGAAUCUGCUGUCACAGCUGAACCAUUGGUUGGUCAAACACGGAUAUUUCGAUCUGUGCGCUUUAAACUAUUACUCAACUGUCCAACUAUACUCGAUCUUUACUUUAUGAAUAAAACGAAACUUCAACAACUUCAUCUGGAAUGUCCUUCAAAAGGAUCAUCUUUCGAGACCAUACUUCCGUUUUCAACUAAUCCAGAUGGUUUUGAUACAUCUCUAUCAAUCAAUAUCGGUGAAACAAUUGCUCAAACGAAUCUUCCAUUCACACCAUUUCUCCACACAGAAAAUAUUGAAAUUAAAGUGCAUAUUCAUUAUCCACGCUUGUGGAAUUCACUACAAGACUGGAUCAUAGAUAUCGAUGCCAAAAAAGCUCAAGUUUACUUUGUUUUCGAACAUAAGAAUUUCUUCCAAGCAUUAAUUACUGAUUUCGGCUCAUCUGUACCGCCGGAUAUCUAUUCAUUUACUCCGUUUAUUUACAACAUCACUUUGCAUGGUGAAUUAGUCGAAGUUCUAGUACCAUGCAAUCAAGGCAAUUGGAUUGAUUGUUCGAAUGACAAAGCUGCAGAAAAUACCUAUGUUUCACUGUGUGCAAAGUCGCUUGUUUUAACAUAUCCACUGCCGUUUCUCGAAUUUUGUCCAGUAUCAACUCCAAUGGAUUUGAACAUCGAAGUCAAUGAUGUACUUGCUCGUCUUGUGAUACCGGAAAGUAAUCGAAUGUUUUAUAUUGUCGAAGGACUCGAUGCACAUAAACAAUUCUACGCACCUGAUGGUAUUAAAUCUCACCUGUCAUUAUCAGAUAUUUUCGAAAAACGGAAUGGAUGUUUUGAAUGUGGUGAAGUCAAUCAAAUCAAAAUUUUAGUUCAAAUUCUGCUUCAUUCCUCACCGCCAGUUGACAUGAAUCGCACAGACCUUUUACACGUGCAACAAAUCAAAUCUAUGGGCAAUCGACACACGUUCCAUCCGAAUAAACUUAAAUACGAUGUAUUCAAUCUUGAACUUGAUAUUGGUCCUGUCAAUUUACUUUUGCAUGGUUUUUUUUUGAAAAAACUCUGGUGGGUAAAGGAAAACUUAUUCGGAUGGGACCAGUCUUUCCAUGACAUACGCGAACCUGAUCUCAUAAGGGAGAAUAAAAUUGUCGUUCAUGACGAUCCGUUGAUAGAUAUGAUCGAUGAAAGUCGCCCGUUUGAUCCUAGAUACUUUCGACCGUUGAUGGUGACCCUACGAGUUGCACUCCAUAAUGUAACACUUCAUCUUCUUCAUCACACCGAGCAUGCGCCGAGUCCCAUUGGUUUUUGUGAACGGCUCUGCGUAGAAAUGACAACUGAUUUGAAUGAAACACGAUUGCAAGUCUUGUUUUUACCUGUCAAUGUUUAUGUUGAAGAUACGAUUGUUAGAAAUAAAUCUGAUUAUCACCUAUCAACAGGAAGUCUUCAGUUAUCUGGUUUGAUUAUUCGUGGACAUGCGAUGCUUUCUCAUGAAGGUUUACCACCGGAACGUGAAACACUAGAAUACGCAUGGCAAAUGGAAAUUCUUUUAGGAAAGAUCUCAGCUCGUUUGACAACGAUUCAAAUGGAGAAGAUGCUCGGUUUUGUGAAAAAUUUCUAUUUGCAAAUUAUGGAAGAGGAGUACACAUUAGUCCGUUCGCCAGUCAUGGAUAAAACUAAAUGGAUUGAGAAAUUGAAAUACGAUGUUCUUCGAUUUAGUUUGGACUCAGUCGAUUUAAACCUAAUUGAAACUGGAAAUGCUAUUAACGUACAGGUCGCACCAGUUCGUCUUUGUAUGUGUAACAUGCAUACAAGUACAUGUAAUGAAGGCCUGACUCUCAAAGUGGGUGCUAUUCAAAUGCGACAAUUACUUCGUUUGCAUCCUGGUUCAUGGUUAGAAGCCGGCUCGGUUCAAAUACCUGAAUUGCGAAUCAAUGCCAAAUUCGACUGCCAUAGUCCGGCACUAGCGAAUACCAAUGAACAACUCGAGUUUCUCCGUCGGCAUGAUCAACAUUCUCAAAGACUUCAUUUUCUUUACACAACCAAGUCUCAACAAUCGUCAGGAGCAACGGGUGCGAAACGGCCAUCAACUAUUGCUCUACCAUAUAAUACAUUUGCUUGUGCAUGUCUGGGUGGAUCACCACAUUACUACACUCUUGUUCAAGGCGAACAGUUCUUCAGAAGUACAUUUCGUCUCAGCGAACAACCGUCGUUUGGUCUAUCAUUAUUUCAGCCCGAUGUCCAUGUUAUACAUUCUCAUCCAAUAUUCAAACAUAAAUACAACUGGCAUACCUAUAGUCAUUCAUCUGGGCCAACUGAGCGAUUGAACGACGAAGAAAUUUUUUAUCCAUUCGAUUUCUGUGCACAAACACAGACAUAUCAUAAUACAUUAACUGAACAUUAUUCACCACAUAGUGUACCUGCAAAUCUCUCUACAUUUUCAAGAUCGAAUUCGGCGAGAAAUCUUAGACACAAGUCGUUCGCUGAACCGAAAUCGCACAAACGUUCAUCUUCAUCGAUCGCAUGUCAGAAUGAAGAUGUGGUGGGUUCGUCGUCGGGCACACUCAAUGAUGCUUAUGCAACUCCGAAUGAUCAGUUAUCAUCGCAUUAUUCCAGUCAAAGAAGUUUACAUCAGAAUAAUCAAACAAAAUCGGUAUCAAUCAUGUCGUUAACACCUGUACCGCAUGAUUCACCAACAAACUUGUCUCCACCGUCUGUUCGUAUAAAUAUACCGAGUGAAAUCUCGGACGAACAGAAUGAUUCAUUAUCGAGAUCUUCAUAUUCAUCUACGUCAACGGAUUCAUUGACAGCAUUGGAAGAAAUAUUGAAAGAACAACAGCAAGGAGCAACAUCAUCACCACAAAAGGUUUUUCAACCAUCUACCGAGAAUAAAUCAAUUCCUCAAUCAUCGUUACCUGGCUCAUCAUGGAUCAGUUUGCGAAAUCAGAUGAAAAUGUCAAUACCAAAAUCGACAUUACUAUCCACGACUUAUAUUCGUUAUCUAUCUCAUUAUCGGUCAACGACCUGGUCAAGCCAAGCCUCUUUCCCACCAAUCAUUCGACAAGACCAAAUCAAUCUUCAGCCGUUACUUGAUUUCAAUUGUGUUUCAAAUGGUUUCUCUUGUUCAUACUUAUCCGAAUCAUCGCAACCAACACCAUCACGUUCACAAUUCCCAGCAGCAAAUUCACGACCGCGUCUAUCUGUUGCACCGACUUUGUCUACCCUAUAUUCAUCGAAUGUCAUUGCCACAGAAAGGGAAGUAUGCCUUCGAUUUAUUGGUGCUCUAAACAUUCUAUGCACUCCAUUGAUGCUCGAGUGUCUCAAUACAUACAUUGACAAAUGGAAAACUUACGAACUUCAUCCAAUGUCCAUUCUCGAUGGUCUUCACUUUCAAGCUCAGACGACGUCGAAUUCGCCAUCGACAUCCAUCGAUCUUUCGGCAACGAAAAUUUCGUUACAAUUACCGAAAAUCAACAUCUGCCUUUUACAAGCCGGUCUUGCUGAGGAUAAUGUACAAUUAACUGAACUACGAACACCAGUGGAUAUUGUGACAAUGUCACUAUUUGCUCUAUCAUGUAAACAAAUUCAAAUGGAAACGAUUUUAUCCAAUCGUGAUCAAUCGACGACCGGUGUGUUUAAAAUUCAAUCCUUAACAGGACAAUUUCGUCGUUUCGAAAAUGAUUUUUCCUCUAUCGAGCAUGUUAAUAUCCAUGCGAUCCAAUCUCAACGCUGUCGAUUACAAUUUAACAUACCUACUGAUAUCCAAACGCAUUUACCUAUGAGUAAUAACCAAACGAAUCUCGGAUAUGUUAUGAAUGAAUUUGGUUUUCAACGGCUUUGUUUUAAAUUAAUAAACAACGCCGCGAAACAACAACUGGAGAAAAAACUCAUCUUACCAACCAUGACGCAAAUCGAUGAAAUACACCCAGUGAAAACACAAGCAAAACAGAAAUCUAAAAGAAAACAAUCGACGGACCCUUCCGUAUCGUCUCCGACGGCAGCUGCCUCUUCGCCAACGACGGUCAAAGCAACAACUUCAGUAGUUUCAAAUCCUUCGUCAAGCAGUGUUUUCGAUGGUUCGAUCGAUCAUGUUUGGAUCACAUUUCCUGAACCUCCGCGUCAUACUUAUUCGAAUUCGAAACGUCGACGUACGAGCACUACAAGCAUAACUCAAUUGAAUACCAUGCCGAAAAAGCACUUCUCGUACACACGGUUUGAUUGGAAUUUCCUUUCGACAUUAUCUCCAACUAUUCUCGGAUGGUUCUGUGUUCUGGAUCGUGUACAGAAGCCGAUUGAACAUUUUCUUCAACAGCGGCAAAAACGUAUCGAUGCUGUGCUAGCUUAUUUUCUCAUUGAAAUCAAACCUGAAUUUACAUUACCAGAAAGUAAAUUCUACGAACUAUUUACACCUAAAACAAAGUACCUGCUUUCUCAUCCCGUCUGCCAACUUGUGACAGAACUUCGGAAACGCUUCAAUAAAAGUCAACAUAUAAAUAUCAAUCUACAGCCACAUAUUUUACCAGACAAGAAACUAUUAAAGCAAGGUAUUCGCGAAGCUUGUCGAGAAUGGACUCAAAUAUUUAAACGACAACCUCAUUUUCAUCUCUAUAUCAAUCCUCCAGUGCCAUCGUCUACAACAACAACAUCACCUAUCGAUAGUAUACUACCGACAAAUAGUAAUGAGCAAGAACAACCAACAGUUGUCAUGCGCGCACGGACGCCAACAGUAGGCGGUCGCCUUCAAAGCUUGUUUACACGGGAUUCAUCGGCAGCUGGAGCAAGCGAUAGAUCCAGUUCAGCAGCUCGAAGACGCAUGACUGUGCAAAACACACGAUCCAAUGCAAGUACAAGAGAUACGAUUAUCGAAUUGGUUCAAGAGCCAUCUUCAGUCCCGGAACGUCGUCGUGCAUCAAGUUUGAUAGCACCAUCCGGAGGUCAUGUAAAUAUAGCAUUUGAAGAAGGUGAAACUCUUCGACGUCUGGAACCAACAGCAAAUGUAAAUAAUACUCUUGGUUAUGCGCGAUUAAAUGUGGCUCCUGACGAAUCCGAUGCUGAUGAUAGUGCUACUCGUACACGAGCAAAUAAGCGAAAUCGUACGAAUUCAUUUACUGAAAUCACUCUAGCAGACGUUGGACCUGAUCUAUCUGGAUCCGUUGAACAAUUAUUCAAAAUUCUACUUGAGUAUGCUGGUGUAGAACUAUCUGUGACAUCAUCAAUCGAACCCUUAUUUGAAAAAUUAGGCCAGACGGUUUUAGCAUCGAUUCAAAUUAAAAAGAUCGAUGUCAAAAUCUUGCCGAACGAAGUCAUUCAUAACACUCAAUCACUAAGUUUAAAUUCAUCUGUUGAAUCAUCCAUUCUUGGUGUAACGAAUCUAAACAUCCAAAGUGUUUUUCGACAAUCACUGCAACACGAUCAAUUACAUUCAGCUAACGUUCAAGCUGGUAUUCGUAUUCAAAGCGUUAAACAAGAAGUUAAUUUAUCCUUGUUACGUAUUGUUUAUCAAUUCUAUAUGGUAGUUGGUAAUGCAGUGGAGUAUACAGGCAUUGAUGAAAUAAUAAAGCCGGAUAAUAACGCUGUUCAACAACAGGAAGAGUUCUAUGCGAUCAAUUCACGAACGAGUACAAUGAUAGAUGGAGCUGAACAUGGAAUAGAGAAUCUUGUUUUGAGAUCUGUACAAUCGAGUCUCCUCCAUCCUCCGAACAACACUUCCAUUGAUCCUGAAAUACAAUGUUGGACGAAAUUACGAGAAUUUGUUGCUCUUCAUGAGCAACAAUCAGAAGUUAGAGCGACGCCUCCUGAUCGUUCCAAGCAACCAAACGUCCUGCCAGUACUGACCGAUAGUACUACUUCAGUACCACCACAAUCGAUCAAUACACAGAAUGACAAUCUGCUGUUGUCCGUAUUCGGAUGGCUAAUUAUUGAUGAAAUCUACUCAACAGCUACAUUGGGUAGUUUGAAAGUAGAUGGUUGUAUGCGUAAAGUACAAGGUAGUGUUACUUUAUCACAACGACUUCGGACGGUACAACCGAACACGAUCAAUCAAAACGCAAAGAAAUAUGAUGGAUCGUUGAUUGUUCAGAUCGGUUCGACGUCUUUGUCACUGAAAGAAACGCUCUCUACAUCUAACGAUGGAAGUCUUAUCAACACUGCUGUCCAUUCACAUCAAACUUCAACCAAUACAUCAUCAACGGCUCGGGAAAUCUCCGUACUUGAUAUUAUCAUCGGAAAAUCUCGUGCAUUGACAUCUUUGCAAACACGUGGCAUGAAUUUAACAUUGAGUGGUGUAACCAACAUCGGUACUAUUGCGAUGGAUGUACCAUUACGACCGCAAGAAGUUCAUGAUCUAGUGAACCGUGCAGGUCGCUUAAUUACUUCUUACGUUCAAGAAUUUCUUCCUGCUGACACAGAACAGUUGUCAACGAUCCCUAAAGACAUCGGCAAUGAAGACCCACAGAUGGAAACAAACCUAAAUAACACAAUUAAUGAAUCAAAUGCUCCAACUGUAUCGGAACAUACGCCACAAAAGAAACGUUCACACAUUCGACGUAGAUUAACAUUAGCUUCAAAUCUUCGUCAUGAAACAAUCGAAACUCGACAAAGUAUUUCUUCAGCAUCGAAACGACCCGUUUUCACAGUUCACAUCACAGCACAUUGCCAAGGCAUGACGUUUUCCACGACACUUUUAUCGACGUUAAAGGCACAAUAUAAAAUUGGAGUUGUCGAAGGUGUUGCCAGUCUUGGUAGUACAACAUCACGGUUUACAGCAAUUGUUCAUGAGCAUGCACUGCAUUUUCUAAAUAACGCGACAAGUGAUCUUCAUCAAUUGCCCACGGUUAGUUCAGAUAAUCACGUUCGAAUUGAUUUUCCACAGAUACGUUGUUAUGGAAACUAUACCAAUGAACAAGAGCAAGACAAUCGGCCGAAAGGACAUUUAAAUCUGCGUACAAACAUCGAUGCACUCAAAUUAACAAUUACGGCUGAUUUUCUAGCCCAAUUGGUUUUUGUUUCCCGAGUUAUUAUACAUGAAAUCAACGAAAUUCUCGCGAAAGUGUCUGGCUUGAAUCAAUUUUCCUUCGGAUCAACUAAACCGAUAGACAACGAACUCAAGUCCAAAUCACCAAUCGAUAGUGAAGAGGACCUAAUUGACGACGAUGAACAAGAAAAAUCAACACAAACGCCGUUCACUUAUAAAAUUGACGUAUCUAUGAAAGGUUUUGAAGUCAUCGGACAAACACCAUCGAAUACAGUCGUGAGAUUUCAUAACGGCGAUAAAAAUCUACCUAUCUUUGUGAAAUUAUCCAAUUACGAUGAACAAAACGCCUUACUUUUUUACAACAAACCAUCAAUUAACGCCUUAUUACACAUAAAACUCAGUCUAGGACAAUUACUCCACACCGGUGGUUUUCAAGAUGCAGCUUACUUUAAAACGAAAUUACUUUUGAAAAAUUCUUUUCAAGUCGAUGAACCUGACAAAGAAGCAUAUAUAAUUCGUUUAACUAAACCAAGUUUCUAUUGGCAACCUGGUGCUAUCGACAAAGGUAUUCUCUUCUGGCUAAAUUACAAAAAUACAUACGAACAUUGGAAUGAACAACGCGGUGCAUUUACAACUUCAACCAACACUGCUACGCGAAAACGUUCGUUGAUGAAUGUUCAAGCAUUACCAGCGACAAUAAGAAAUGAACUCAAUCUAAUGUUUCAAUUAGAUAUUGUUGACUUAGGUGUUGCCAUUCCAUUGCAACAAAUCGAUCCACCGGGUAAAUUGACACCGACAGAUGUGCAGACGCUUGGUACAAGGCAGUCUGUGUCAAAUCUGGAAGAAAGCAGUGACUUUCUUGUGUUCACACUCGAUCAAACAACAAUUUCAGCUUGUUCAUGUGGUGCUAUCAUAAGUUCGGGUUCUUUCGAAGGUUUCUGCUUUCGUUUUGCUGAAAAUUUCAAACAAACGAAUCGUAGCUGGAAACCGAUUUCUUCCUCCGCAUCCAAGACGAUUUUAAACGCCUGUUGUGUACCAAGUGGUCGGUACUUAAUGCAUUCGCGUGCAAAACAUCUACCUAAUUCGAACAGUCCAAAGUGGUUCUUAGAUGUUCAAUGGGAUAUGAAAGGUAUUGAUAUAAAUAUUGAUUCAAUUAUUGGUAAACGUUUCACACAAUUGAUUCGAACAAUUACUGCCACUCAUUUAAUCGAACCUAUGGAUCGAUCAAGUAACGAUAAUGAUUUAUCUGACGAUUCGAAUUUACUAAAGACGAAAACAGGAAGUUCGAUUAAUAUUAAUGAAAAUAAUGAUCCUAGCGAAGAUGAUGAACGAAGGAAACGUUUACAGUAUGAAUAUUCCAUCUUGGGACAAAAGAUUGCCACAUUAAAACGAUCUCAAGCGCCCGAUGAAGCUUUGAAACCUGAAGAAGCGCGAUAUCAAUGGCUGGAAAAAGAACUAUUACACACAGUUAAAACUGAUAUCCAACAGAAAAUUAAACAAUCGAACAAGAACGCUCUCAAUCGAGAUCGUAACCGUAGAAUCCUGUCGACGCUGAGUGUUCCAAGUCAAAACCGAGCAUCACCAUUGGAUUUUACUCAACAAACACGAAAGACUCCUGAGCGACGCUAUUCGUUAAUGUACGCAGCCGCACUUGCUUCAUCAACUGGUGCAGAUCAUCGACGAAUUUCGGUAAUGGUAACACCUCAAUCACAAAUAUAUGCAUCACCCAUCCGGGAAGAAGAUACAGAAGAUAAUUUAUCACGCACGUCAUCUAUUCCUGCACGAAUGAGAAAUCCAUUCGAGUCUCUAUAUUUUAGUGCAACAUCACAUGAAUCAGAGGAUCGUCAAUCGAUUACAUCGACGGCAACAAAUGGAAAUCCUAGUGAAAUCACAUCAACUCCAGCCGUUGAUUUGGAAUUGAAUAUCCAGAUUCUGAUUGCAAAUGGUUCUUGCAAUUUAUACACACGUCGUGAUUUAAUAUCCCAUCCUCUAUCGACUCCCAAUGUAACUAAACAGCAAAGUCAACAACAAACACAAGCAGCAAUUGGUUUGAUUCUAACAAUCAACAAAAUCGAAUAUCAAGUUUUACAAUUUUCCCUGCCUGGUGUGGACGUCGAUGCGCAUUACAAUUCAGAACAUGAUAAUACAACAAAUAGUACAUUGAAUAAACGUGGAAGUUUCCACUGUCGUGCUAUGAUACAGUCACCCACCAAUCAGAUACUUAUUCACCCAAUUUUGUUGAAUUUCAUCGAACAAACACUUGAGUAUGUUAAAUUACCGCGUGAACAGACUCGGCACGAUCAUCUUAGUGAAGAAAUGAAAGCAGAACAGACCAACGAUGAUGAUCAUUUAGAUACAAUGUUUCUCAUGGAAGAACAGACUUCGACAACCUCAUUUCCCAUAGACGUUGUUGUUAGUAUCUUUAUUCAACCAUGUGUUCUUCUUUUUACGUGUUUACCAACACAUCCAAUGGAAUGUGAACUUCGUCUACCUGCUGUUGACGUUGUUCUAUCAUCGAAACGGGCCUUACCGGAGAACACGACAGCAUCCAAUGAGAAUUCUUCGGAACAAGUUCUAGGAAGUUCUCUUGGUGGCUUAAGUUUUUCACUGUGCAUGAAAGAUUUCAAACUAAACGUUUAUCAUCCAUUUUCUGGCGAAUCUAAAGUACAUCUAUUCGAAGAUAUUCACUCCGGCCAAUUACAGACACGUAAUGCGCUCGCUGUUAGUGUUCAAUCUGUGUCGAUCAACAUAUCUCGUACUCGUUAUAUAUCCGUCGAUCAGAACAAUGAAUUGCUAAACAGUAUCAAACUAUCUGUUGUUGCACAGAUAUCUAAAGCACAGUUUGAAUAUGAUAUGCGACGCUUUACUGAAAUCCUAACAUUUCCGAAAAUUUGGUACAAUCGUUCAUUAGCGCGUCGGUUGUUUCUAGGCGAUGAGAACUUACCAGCAAGAAUACCGACACCCUACCGAAUGGCACAAGUCACCGUUCCAACCCAAGCGUCAUCCACAACAAAUAAAACGUUACAGAAGCAAGCUCAUGUGAUUUUGGCCAUUCAGUUGAAAGAAUUGCAUGUAUCAAUGCGUAUGUCGAAUGUUAUGGGGAAAGUUGAGUGGAAUACAAAGAAUGUUUCUUCCACUGGAAGUCUAACAUUGACAAGUAAAGGCAAACGAACAUUCUUCAUCUCGUUAGGUUUGCAAAAUUCCAUCUUACAAGCAGAACAAGGCAUCGUUGGAGGCACGAUACGACUGAAAAACUUGCGUACAACAGGCUAUAUCUUUCAAGAACUUCGCGAUCGAAUAAUUCUUGUUGAUGCUUCUCAUUCCAUUGAUAUUCUAACGGAAGCAAUUGAGAUUCGUCUCGAUUACAUGGGAUCUCCCACUUUGAUGGGACGUAUUUGUCACCUAUUACUUCGAUUAAAAGAUUAUCGUCCAAGUACAACUGUGAAUAAUACUAGCAGUGAUUCAGCUUUCCCAUUUAAAUCAGUUCUGCUUAAUUUGAAUUGGUCACAAUUACAUCUGAUGAUUACACGAUCGACGACGCCAGAUAUCAUCAAAAUGGUGGCGAAAUUGACUGAAUUUUUCGACCAAAAUGUCAACAACUCAAGAACUUUUCUCGCAUCGAUUCAGUCCGACUUUCGUGAUAGUAAAAAGUCUAAGGGUUCAGAGAAGAAUUCCAAGUCGAAGAAGCCGCCAACUGUACAGGCAAAAUAUGACAUCAAUAUUAUCAAGAAAUACAUUGGAAUGCACGGCGGCGAACUUAUGCUGCAGGGUCAUAAUUUAACCAUAGUUGUGUUCCAUGGCAUGAACUUCCGAGCGCGACAAUGGGCUUUGUUUUCGCUGAAUGAACCUCAAAUUAAUUUUAUAACCAAUCGAGGAGAAGAAGAUGAUAUUCAUCAAGAAUUAAUCUUCUCAUUAGGUGAUCAAAGUCAAACCACACCUGCGAGUGUCAAAUCUCGCACAAAUAUGGCGUCGGUGUCUAAAGUAACACGAAAUGGUAUGGAUGCACCACCAUUAGUAACAGUUAACGAAUGGUUUAAUUAUGCGAGUUCGACCAUUUCAGCUGUUGGUUUACGUGAUUUUCCUCUGAUGGACGAACCUGAAGUGUCCGCGGUACCAAGUAAAGUUCGUUCGAAACAAUAUGAACAAACUGCUGAAUCGAUCUUCAUUCUUCCUGCUCUUGAAUUACGCUUUCAAACACGUCAAUAUCAAGGACAAGUUCAAUGCAGCUUCGAAACGGAAUUCUACGAACAUAUCAUGUUCUCAUUCAAUGCUGAACAUUUCUAUUUUCUUCACGAUCUCAUUUCGUCAUAUAUCAAAGAAAAAGAACGAAACGUAGCAGCGCUGGCAGUAACAAAUGAAAAAUCCAGCAAACGAUCAAAUAAGCCGUCCGUUACUUCACCCGAACCCCAAGUACCUCCAGCAUUAGACGGUGUUGCCAAUACUGAUACUCGUCGUUUCAUCUGUCCGGAUUCAAAAUGGAAACUACAGCCUACUAUUAAACUUCUAACCACAUAUGGUAAUGAAGUCGAACCAUUCGGUGCUGAUUAUAUUUUACAGAAAUUGGGUUUCCACCAUGCACGUUUAACCAUACCAAAAUGGCUUCAACGUGGCAUCAUGGAUCCAUGUGAACAAUCAAUGACAAUCGUACAACUAAUACUCAUCUUUCUCUUACCUGAACGUUUCAAAGAAAUGUGCAUGAAAUAG